CUGUUCAGGUGUGCACGACGUCCUGGCGGGAAAGUUCCGAAGCGCUAUCCAGAAACUUUGAAACUCGCAGCAUAUGCAGAAAUUGAAUCACAGCUUGCCAGAUCCGGCAUCCAGAGACAAGCAAGGCCAUUCUUGGCUGCUGGAAAAAAAUUUUCGUCGUGCGUCAUGAGCUGUAUGGAUCGUGGAGGAGGAAACUGUUUCAAGAAGUUAAAUUGUGGUCUGGCCCUCCCACCAGAUAACGUACUCGUCCAACAGACAAAACAAUGUGCGCUCAGAAGUGGUCUCAAUACUCCAGCUGUUCAGCAACUCUGUAGAUGUUUGGCAGCUGCUGGUGCCAGGUCUGGAGAGAUUUCAAUUUCUGCUCACUUCGAAUAUGAUAGACUUUUUCAUAUAAUGAGAGGGUGA